AAGCGGGUCGGCCCGUCUCUCCCAUUCCCCAUCUCCCAUCUGAGCAUCUCUCUCCCCCCAAACGACACCCACCAGGCGAUGGACGCAUCUGAAGUCAGACGCCACUACGAUGGCGAUGGCGGGGCAGGAGCGCAAGGCAAUCGAUUUGGAGGAUGGGUGGAAUUUCAAGCAGAAGGGCAAAAUCUACAACCUCAUCAAUAUCCCCGAGCGCAAGGUAGAACUACAAUUUACCUUCUACAGGACAAAUUGGGAGCCUUCACCAUGGCCGCCAAUAUCCAUCUACGGAUUCAAGGGGCAAUUACCUCAACAUCUUGAUCUGUCAUCUCCUUUUUCCGAGUCAGGGCUAUCUCUGUCAGCAUUUUCAACUUAUGAAGCCGACAACCUAACAUUCUUAUUUAUAAAUGAAAAUAGUGAAGCCUCUCCAUGACUUUUGAGGGGAAAAAGGUCGGCCUACAUGUUUCUUAAUUUUGAAGGAUUGCUGCUGACCGCAAGUGUAUUGGUUAAUUUUGAAGAACUGCUACCAACCGCAAGUGUAUUGGUGGUCAUCUCAAGAUCUCACCCGGAGCAGCAUCUGUUUUCUAUCUCGCUGUCACCUAUGCCUUAAGAAUUCCAGUUUAUGCAUAUUUGUUGUAUUAGUUCUCAUGCUGGACAUUCACUUAUGGUGUAUCUUCUUUCACGGUUAAACUUUGCCGGCUGUAUAGGACGGGUUAUACAAUCCUAUGUUGUUUUAAAUCAA